GGACCACCGGCGGCGUCACACCCGGAAGCCGGGGGCCGGAAGUGGGGCUGCACAGGCUGUCCCCAGGGGUGGCGAAGCGGAGGCCCAGGAGGAGGGGAAAAGAGGUGGAGGGUCCUGGCCGCCACUCUGAGUCCGAUACCGAUCCUCUUAGGUCCCGGAGACGCGGAGCAAGGGAAGGGUGUCUCCCCCUCCUCCCCUCAGCCUGAGCCAUGGCCGAGGCGGGGCCCGGGCUGAGUGAGACCGUCACUGAGACAACGGUUACCGUGACAACCGAGCCCGAGAACCGGAGCCUGACCAUCAAACUGCGGAAACGGAAGCCAGAGAAAAAGGUGGAAUGGACGAGUGACACUGUGGACAACGAACACAUGGGGCGCCGCUCAUCAAAAUGCUGCUGUAUUUAUGAGAAACCUCGGGCCUUUGGUGAGAGCUCUACGGAGAGUGAUGAGGAGGAAGAGGAAGGCUGUGGUCACACACACUGUGUACGGGGCCACCGCAAAGGACGGCGCCGUGGAACCCCCGGACCGAGCCCCACCACCCCGUCCCAGCCCCCUGACCCGUCCCAGCCCCCUCCAGGGCCAAUGCAGCACUAAAUUCCUCUCUCCCUCACCA